AUGGAGGACUUUUACGAAACCCUCCGACUGGACGACGCAAUCACUUCGUCCAUCCGAGAGAACGUCGGAACCGGUCUCUGCCGUCCCUCUGGCCUCUGCCGUCGGAGCGACCCUCUCCUCCGAGCUCUCGUCUCCAAACGCCUCCAAUUCGCGAUCGACAUUAUCGACAUUUGCAAGGAUGAUCGGGAACUCUACCUUCCCAUCCUCCAGGACGAAUCUCUCAGCACACUCAACGACGUGGCUUUGAAGUACUACAGCCCCCCCGACGACAGUGACACCACAACCCAACAAAUAUCCAAAGCCGUACGCCCGGGUCCUCUCUAUCGGGCCCCAACGACCAUCCUCGGCGCCCUCUCCAACUCCGGAAUCCUGACUAUCCAACCUCCCGCCGCAAAUACUGCCCUCCGCGAGCUCCUAACCCUCCACGCCAACACCGGCAAUGGCGGUAACACAACACAUCCCACCUUUAGCCAAUUCACUUCCACAUCAGCCUACAAGUCCAAUCUAUCAUCCCUUACCACCGGCGAUGCCACAGCAGUCCAAAAAACCCUAACCUCCCUCCUCCGUCUGCACGCCCUAGUCACAGACGCAGAAGACCUACCCGCUCUCCUCGAUGCCGGCUUCACAUCCGCCAGCUCCAUAGCCCUAGCAUCCCAAUCUGACUUUACUAACCGUCUCUCCUCCUCUGCCCUCAGCAACGCCAAACUCGCAGCCAUACACCGCGAAGCACAACGCAUCGACACACGCAGUGACGCCAUUUGGGCCGAUAUUGUCCGCUCCCGCCGUGAGAUCCCAGUCCUUGCCGUAACGGAUAUAAAAUAUGGCAAAGAUUACCCUGAGACGGACCAUGUACAAGUCAACCUCGACACACUCUUCCGCGACCUAGACAGCGUGACCGCUGAUGAGAGUACCUCUGUCUUGGGCCCGGCGUCAUACCUCGUCGAUCUCAUGCAGCUCCUCUGCGGUGUAUUCAUCGGGACUUUUGAGACGGCGGUUACGUAUCAGGAGACGGCUGUCGAAGUUAUGGGAAAUUAUCUUGAGAAGGAACUUGGUGUGGAUGACGGGGGGGUAUACAGCUGUUGCGGAGAGGAUUGCGCCUAUGACCCUAUGGGGAUUUUUCCUUAUAACAAUGCUAUGGGGAUUACAAGGGCUGUGUUGUCACGGUAUGAGCUGCUGAGGCGGUUUCAGACUGAUGGGGAUCUGGUACAUCGAGCUUUUCCUAGCUUGCCGGCGUCAAAGGAAGGGGAUUAUCUGGCUGCGGCACAUGCUACGCAUGGGAGACGAUUGGCUGCUGAGGCACUCGGCUUGCAACCGUUGGACUUUGAGUCUAUCACCCAGGAGGGUAUUUACACGCACGACUUUGUCACUUUUCUUCAACAGCAGCAUCCGGACCUGGCUUCCAAGACCUAUGAUCAGGCGGUGGGACUGUCCUUGGCGGGAGAGUACUCGGGUUAUGAAGCGGAUGACCUGAAAGUGGCAGCAUCAUCGCCUGAUGAUGGAUCGAAAUCCGGAAUACCAACUUGGAAGAUGAUUAAUCCGGCGUCGACUAUGAGCCUUCGACUGGUCAAGACCCAGCUUCUGCCAAGAUCUGGUCUCACACCUUUGGAGCUGAAUAUGAUUCUCAAGACUCGAUACUUGAGCAAUCGCCUCGUGGUCACACUGGAGAAGACGGCCACCGAGACCAUCGACGAUAAGCCAGUCACAUAG